GUUCGGAGCCCAAUUCCGGUUCCAACGUCUUCCUGAAUAACCUCCGUCGUAUUGCGACGACGAACGGAGUGCUUUUUUGUUUGAUUAAUUCACUGUGGUGGCAGAAAAAUCCUCCGGAAAUGGAAGCGGAACGAAUCAUAGAGAAUCAAAGCUCGAUUGCCGCUCCAUUCAUUUUUUUGAUCGUUAUCGGUUUUCAGUUUCUCGCUAAAUGGCUGGAGCACCUGAAGAAGGGAGGUUCCAAUAGCCAGAUGGAAAUGGAGUUGCGGAAAUCAAUAAAACAACUUCUGAGGGAGGCAAGCACCUUAUCUCAACCAUCUACAUUUGCACAGGCUGCAAAACUUCGGAGGUUGGCAGCCGCUAAGGAGAAGGAGUUGGCAAAUUAUCAAGAAUCACGUAAUAAGCAGAUGAAGACGUCCUAUGGUUUAUAUGGUCGAGUACUGUUGAUAUCAAAGGUUUUUAUAUAUAUUAUUCUGGUUUGCUGGUUUUGGAGAGUUUCUGUUGCUACUGUACCUCGUCACCUUGUGCAGCCAUUUGGAAAAUUUUUAUCUUGGAGGACUGGAGGUACCGUAAAUGACUGUGUGAAGGUUGGAAUUUUACCUUGGUUGAUUCUGUCGACGAGGGUUAGCAAGUUUGUGUGUCGAGUGGUGAAGUAAAAAAGCGAUUGAAGGUAAUUGUGAUGUAGAAUGAUACAUCACCACGAUCUAUGUACAAUAUUUGGCAACCGAUAUUUUCCCAAUUUUCAGUUAGGGGAGGCUGGAGAAGAUUUUACAGCCCCACCAAGUUUUCUUCUUAAAUUCGUUCAAAUGAGGUUCAGUUUUGUUCUUGUUUUCCUUUUCUUUUUCCCGCAUAUAUUUUCUCCAUUUCAUUCCCUUUUUUUUUCUUAGUCUUAGGUAUCAUUUCUUAUUGUUAUUUUUAUAUAGAAUUGAGAUAUAUUCUAUAUAUAUAGAUUGGUUGCCUGUGCGUAAUGUAAGGGAUGACUUGUUUGCAUCUUUUUGUUGUUGGGUUUGGAAAUAUGAAAUGUGUAAUAUUGCUGUUUUGAAUCAGUUUUUAAUGUGGUGAGACCUUUUUUAAA